AUGGAGGAUUUGAAAUCUGCUGCAUUGACGGAGGAUUGGAGGAACUUCUUAUGGAAUACAAAAGGAGAUAUAUUUGAGAUCAUCAAAAGAGCGAUCAUGGUGGCUGCCUCUGAUCACCCAACGGAGUCCCGCACUAGAAGACACGAGAUUGUUCGGACUCUCUUCUCCGGUGAGUUUAUGAUGUGCACUGGUUGUGAUAAUCGUAAGAAACAUAGCCCCAAGAUGAGUAAUCAGACGGAAGAAACAAAAAUAAUUGGCGAUGAUUUGAGGAUGAAGGAUAUUCUUGAUAAGAGCGCAAAUGAAUCGGAAUCCCUAUUGGUUGUGCCAGUGCCACCCACGGAACAACUCGUACCCACCUGCAAACAGCAAAGGCCGACGAUACUCAAGUUGAAUACAGAAACGCAGUUCCCAAUUCCAAAGGGUCCAGUAACUCCUGAAAAUAAAGAUAUCGGUCUUGGAACUAGGGAUUACAGUCAAGACGUUGUUGAGAUCUUGAGGAUGAAGCUGAAGAUACUUGACAAGAGUGGAGAUCAAUCUGAAUCAGAAUCUGUGUGUGACUUGGUAACGAAGCUUGACUCAAUGAAGUUAUCUGUGAAUAGUACUCUGGAGGCGACUGAGAUAGGAAAAUCCUUCAACCCUCUUAAAAAGCAUGCAUCGAAGAAUGUUGACCAGAUUGCAAGGACACUCAUCAAAGCGUGGAAAAAUACAGUUGAUGAAUGGACCGAGAACCAGUCAAGCGUUGACUGCGUUGUGGAACCAACAUCCCAGCAAGUAAUGCCAACGAAUCUGCAUAUUCAUAUGGAGAGGAAGUUGGAAGUUUCUCAAAAAGCUUCAAAGAUCGGAGAUGGUGGAGUGACGGAUUCAAUGGAAAAAGUAAGAAAGAGAAAGCUGCAAGAAGAGUUUCAGAAAGUAGAGAACAUGAAGAAGAAGCGAAGAAUACAAGUGAUGAGCUGCAUGGAAUCACAAAGCAUGGCCUUCUUCCCCAUAUGA